AUGGAGGCGGGUGCCAAGGGAAAGGAUGAGAGGAUUGGCAGAUUGGUGGGAGUGGUGGCAGCGCUAGGAGGAGGGGCGCAUUCUCCGCCAGCUCGGCCGUGCCUUAUUUCUGGUCCCUCCGGCACUGUCAAGCGACACCGGAACCAGAUUCGAUUGUUCCGUCCUCGGUUUUCUGCUGCUGGUCGUUUUCUGACAGAAUUGGAGGCUUCGCGGCUUCUGCCGCCUCCGCCGCUCGCGCCUCCGCCGUGGACGCGCCUGCUGUCGUCGCCGCUGCCGGUCCCGUCACCUGCACCGGACGGGCGCCUCUUGCCGCCGCCGCCGUGUUCCUCCGCAGUGCCAGAACCGAUGGACGCAGGGGCUGCCGUCACGCCGCCGCCGCCGUCGCCCUUGGAGGUCGUUGCUCCGCCUCCUCAUCCGAGCAUACCCAGUAGCGGUGCGCAGCCUGGGCAGGUUUUCCACGGGGCGUUUUCCUCGCCCCUUCGCGAGCAAUUCGGGGUCGCCGGUGGACAGCGCGCCCUGGCAGUUCCGCUGUGUGCCCCCUCAGCUGCGCCACCGCUGGGUCGCUCCACCCGCCAUCCCGAGCCAUACUUAACGACGCGUCUGGGGUCAGUAGCAAGAAGGUCGCCUGACGCUUGCAGCAUUCUUGACGCUUUUAUCAAGCCGAAUCUCAAGAAGCUGCUGCUCUCUUUCUUGCUGCAAAGUCUCGCCUUGCGGCGGGAUUGCGGUCCGCUGGCGGGCGCUCUGAUCUAUCUCCUGCUGUGCCUCCGAGAUCGGUUUGUUGAUCUGCCUCUCGUGACGCUCCUUCCUCGCUCGUGCGGCAGCUAG